AUGCAAAAGUCCAUGGACAAGAUGGUGAGCAAGAUCAAAAGUUUGGAGAAGAAGGUUUCUGGUUCUUCAAGCAAGAAGAAGAAGUCCAAGGCCCCCACAUUCCCUAGGAGUAGGUCACUCCUCACCACUCCAAGGAGGCUCCCUGCCCAAGAGCCUCACAGAGCCUCUUCUUUCGAGCCAAGGGAAGGAGAAGACAACACGCAGAGAAGGAGGAAGACUUCCAAGGCCAGACGCUCCAGCUCGACCACCGGACUCGAUCGAGUCCAAACAGAGGAAACUCAACUCGAUCGAGCUGAGGGUCGAGUUGACCUGGAGGAGCCCCUGUUUGAGAUCCGGAUUCGAGUACGAUCAACCAGUACCAGGACUUCUCCCAGAGAUGGACCCCUACAACAGCUUCGAGCAAGCACAGCUCCACCAAGGCCAAGGAGCCACACACACUUUGAGAUGAAGAAGAGGAGGAAGAGGAGCCGCAAGCUCGAUCGAGUGAGCCGAGGCAACCCAGUUGCAUGGAGUGCUCCUGAUGGCCGUCUCCCAUCUCCAGACCACGACCUAGUCUCCCAGUUCUUUGGGGGACACUGA